UUCCUGCCCCCCAACCCGGCCAUCCCCAUCCCCUUCCACCUCCUUUUCCAGAACUCCCUAUAUCUUAUAUUCUUCUACCCCUCCCCCACCCCCCUAAGAUUUGCUACAAUCAUAUUGCACUUGUAAUCAUGGGGGAUUCUUCAACUUCCUACAUACACAUGGUGCAGCACAUGAUAGAAAAAUGUUUGAUCUUCAACAUGACAAAAGAAGAGUGCAUGGAAGCACUUUCAAAGCAUGCAAAUAUUAAACCUGUCAUCACCUCUACUGUUUGGAAUGAGCUUGAAAAGGAAAACAAGGAAUUCUUUGAAGCCUAUGCACAAUCUCAAAGCAAACAAGACCGAAUGUCCGAGGAAGAGACGAGCCGAAUGAUCCAGAAGAUGAUCUCGGAUUCCUCUAGUAAAGACCCUGACAAAUGAGAUCGGUCUGAUCCGGGAUUUAAAUAACGGUUACACAUUCAUCAUUUCUCGAUUCCAACUCCUUUGUCAUUGCUAUUCAACAUAAUUGAUUACAAUAACAUCUAUUAUAGACCAAAAAUGUAAGUAUUGCAACUGUAAUUUAAAUCCCGUUAGAAAACCCGAAAACCUCCUUCCCUUAUCUAGCGAAACAAAUGAUACCAAAAUCAAAGCCAUUGUCCAUGGAAUCCUUUUAGAAAACUUUGGGAGGGGCAGUGGUCCUAUUACACAUAUGUUUACUACGGAAGAUCACGGAGUAUUGUAUUUUGAUUAUCAUAGGUCCCCCUUUCCAAAUAAAAUCUAAGCUACCCUAAUUCAAAUAAUCAAUCAUUGUAUGCCACGUGGAUACCGCAUAACAAAAUUCCGAAGAAAAAUACGAAAAAAGGUUAUUGUCGUAAUUUUAUCUCAAUCUUCGUUGAGGGUUACUCGUCAUUAUAUUAUGUUAGUAUAUGUGUAUAUGAAGUUAGAAAAUUUGUAUCUAUGUUUUUGUUGUAUGUAAAUUGAAGGGGAUAGUUAUGGUUCUAAUGGCAACCUCUGAAAAUCUGUGUCA